AUGAUUUCGGCCUUUCUGUAAAUUCAGCCAUCUUGCAAAGAAAUAUCAACUAUCGGUAACAACACACAGGAAUGGGGCGACGGACCAUGAGGCCAACGAAGAAAAAUCUGGUAAAAGGAUGAUAUUGAUACGCAGAACACGAGCUAUGACAUGUUUUCUCACUCAAUUACUCCCGUUAUCUCUCGCCAAUCGCCUACAUAACACUUGCACCAUUUCCAAAUCCUCUCGCGAUCUCCACAACUACCUCGCCGGAAACGCUUUGGGUUAUACUUGUCCAAUUCCUCGUCCUGCAUUUUGUUCCUCGAGUUCUCAAGUUCAUUCAUUUAGUUGUAAAUCAUCAAGUGGCGUCACUAGAGAUAUGCAGCAAAGCAUUCAAACUCCAGAGUCCAUAUCUUACCUCACGCAGCAUGAUGCUGCUGAGAUUGAUGAGAUUCUCAUGGGACCUCUCGGUUUUAGCGUCGAUCAGUUGAUGGAAUUGGCUGGUUUAAGCGUCGCUACUUCUAUAGCAGAGGUUUAUAAACCAAGUGAGUUUAAUCGAGUACUAGCUAUUUGCGGUCCAGGGAAUAAUGGUGGUGAUGGUUUAGUAGCAGCUCACCAUUUGUAUCAUUUUGGAUACAAGCCAUUUGUUUGUUAUCCUAAGCGUACUUCCAAAUCUCUUUAUAAUGGCUUGGUUACUCAGCUGGAAUCACUGUCAGUCCCUUUCUUGGCGGUGGAAGAUCUUCCUUCCGACUUGUCAAAGGAUUUUGACAUUCUACUAGAUGCUAUGUUUGGGUUCUCAUUUCAUGGUGCCCCAAGACCACCUUUUGAUGAUCUUAUUCAUAAGAUGGUUCACUUGAAUAAGUGCAAUCAAACUCGCAAGUCAGUUAUUGUCUCUGUAGAUAUUCCAUCUGGAUGGCAUGUUGAAGAAGGUGAUGUUGAUGGUGAAGGAAUGAAACCAGACAUGUUGGUUUCUUUGACUGCUCCAAAGUUGUGUGCAAGGAAAUUUUCUGGCCCACACCACUUUCUUGGUGGCAGGUUUGUACCACCAUCUAUUGUAGAGAAAUAUAAGCUACAUCUUCCGCCAUAUCCAGGCACUUCUAUGUGUGUUCGAAUUGGAAAGCCUCCCCAAAUUGAUAUAUCAGCUCUGAGGGAGAACUAUAUUUCUCCUGAAUUCCUUGAGGAGCAGGUGGAGGCUAACCCUGUAGAUCAGUUUAAAAAAUGGUUUGAUGAUGCUGUGGCUGCUGGAUUGAAGGAGCCAAAUGCUAUGGCCUUAUCAACUGUUGGAAAGGACGGAAAACCCUCAUCAAGAAUGGUCCUAUUGAAGGGAGUUGAUAAGGAUGGGUUUGUCUGGUACACCAAUUAUGAAAGUCAAAAGGGACGUGAAUUAUUUGAAAAUCCUCGAGCAGCCCUUCUUUUUUACUGGGAUGGUCUUAAUCGGCAGGUAAGAGUAGAAGGAUCUGUGCAGAAAGUUUCAGAUGGGGAAUCUCGUGAAUACUUCAGUAGCCGCCCUCGAGGGAGUCAGAUUGGGGCAAUAGUUAGCAAGCAGAGUAGUGUAGUUCCUGGAAGGCAUGUGCUACACCAACAAUACAAAGAAUUAGAGGAAAAGUUCUCCAAUAUAAGUUUGAUCCCAAAGCCUAAACACUGGGGAGGAUACAGGCUUGAACCUGAACGUUUUGAAUUUUGGCAAGGACAGCAGUCUCGCUUGCAUGACAGGCUGCAGUAUGUUCCUGAAGAGAUCAAUGGGAAACAAGUUUGGAAAAUUGUGCGCUUGGCCCCAUGACUAGUAAUUUCAGCUUCUUCAUUGUGAAAUUCAUCACUCAUGCAUUCCAGGAGUAUAUUUCUUCCACAGGAGUAACAAAUUGCAACUUCCUGAGCAAGCUCCUGACUAAAAUUAGAUUGUGGAUCUGAGAUUUAUCAGAUAGAUUUGAAAUGAAAAGCCUGACUGGAGGGUUGGGUCUGGAUAUGCAGGUUAAUCAUACGCCUGUGAGUGACAACUGAUGGAGCAUCUGAGAAAGAAUGUGAGAUGAAUAAGAUGGGGGAUACGAUGAAGCAUAAACUGUUGCUGCAGUUAUUGUUUAUUGUUACAAGUUCGCAAGUGUAAUGAUUUUACCUGAUUUCUAAAACAUGGUCCCAACUAUUCUAAUGCAUCAGUAGUUUUAGAGAUCUAGAAAGGACGAUCAUAUUUGUGUUCCAAAGGAUGUAAUUGCCCUAAGUAACGUGUAACUUUGUUGUUCUUACUGUGGACAAACUAUUCGAUAACGUUUCCUCAGUUAGCAUAUGCAUUAGUUAUGCCCUUCCCCUCCCUGGUUGUCUUCCUAAUGGAUUAGCAUCGGUUUGAACUUCA